AUGACCAACAUGACAUGUAGCAUGGUAAACUGUGGUUCGUCCAAUUACGAGAUGGACGAGGACCCGAAACCCCGGCAAACCCCGUGUUCGGACAAGAGGACUCGACCAGCCAAGGAUCUGGGCGCUAGUCAUGCAGGAAGCAAGAGGAGGGAUUGGGUCCAGAUUUAA